AUGAAUACCCUCAAAUCGGUUCUUUUGACCGCCCUUGUUAUAUUCUCCAUUCUCAAUAUCCUUUCAGCUAAUAUUUUCAAUCCUUCAAUUCAUGACGCCAAGAUUAGAAAAGCAUUUAAGACUUCUGCAGAGAUUCGUGCAGGAGCAGCAAGCAAGAAUGAGGAUGAAUCGGUUGAUUUAGUAGUCAAAGAUCAUGCUGGAAUUGUUCAAGAGUAUUUGAAACCAAAAAAUAUAUACUCCUUUUCUACAAUUCUCGAUCGACUCUUGUUCAGCUUCCCUUAUAAUCCAUACGAUGAAGUAGAAAAGAAUAUUUUCCAAAUAUGGAAAACUUCUGAUAUGGAUGACGAGGAACACUUUCCGAAGGAUUGUAAGACUCUGGUUGAAAGAUGGAGUGACGCCAACCCCGAGUAUGACCACAGGCUUUUUUCUGUUUCUGAGGCAGAGGAUUUAGUUGCGGAUAUUCUAAGACCUCAAGUUCCAGAGGUUGUUGAAGCAUUACGUUACCUGCCUAACGAAAGAUUAAAGUUUGAAUUUCUUAAGUUUUUAAUCCUCUAUUUGAAUGGAGGUGUUUAUGCAGAUGUUGAUACCAUUGCUGUAAAACCCAUCAGAUUUUGGUAUAACUUGCCAUCGUUUAAGACUAAGGUCUGGCUAGGUAUUGAUUCUGAUCCAAACUCUGCUGAUUGGUCGGACAAUUAUUCUCGUCGUCUCACUUUUAAUAAUAAUAUUUUACGGGCCAAGUCAAAUCACCCAUUGCUUGCCAGGAUUAUAGCUAGGAUAACUUUCAUUAUUAAUACCAACAAGGAACUUAUCCAAACCACAGACUGGAAUAAGGAAUAUGAAAAUUGUGAUGCCUCUGGUGCACCAAUAGUCCAGUUCACAGGUACAUCUCUCCUUACUGAUACUGUAUUUGAAUAUUUAAACACCAUUGAUCAAUACCUUUUCUUUACUACUAUUAAAAAUGAAUUAUUUAUCAAAGAACGUGUUCAAUUACACAAGGAGGUUUUUGGACCAGACGUUGAUCCAGAACAAAGAUUUUCAUAUAAAACUUUCACUUUACUAGGCAAUCCUGUACAAGUGCAAGACAUUGCUAUUCUUCCUAAAAUCAGCUUCACAGGCUAUGAUACUGCACAAAUUGAUUUCUUUGAUGAUUCCAAUGAAAAGAAAGGUUAUGAUAAGUUUUAUUACGGUAGAUCUAAGUUUUUAACUGAAUGGUCUCCAAAAAAAUUACGUCUGGAUUCUAAUUAG